AGUCUAAUUCAAAUUCUAUUUGGAAAGUAAGGGAUGUUGCUUGGGUAACAAUUAAAUCAUUUAUGAUUCAAAAAACUAAUUGUUUACCAAGGUAAUAGUAAUAGAAUAUAUUUGUACUUACAGUCAUUUUGUUUCUUCUAAAUGGACUUGUUCAUUUUUUUGGUUGGGAAUUUCUUCAUUUUUUAUUUGCAGAACUGGGCCUUUAAGAUUGGUCAGUACCGUAUGGAGGUUUUUUGUCCUUAUGAUAUUUUGUUUUUAUACAGCUAAUUUAUUUAAUUAUUUGAAAAUAUCAAGGCAACCGAUGCCUUUGGGGUCAAUGGCGGAUUUAUUUCAACAAAAUAAAGUUGUUUUUGGUGCAGUUGGUGGCGGAUCUACAUCAGCAUUUUUUAAGAAAUCAGAUGAUCCAAUUUAUCAGCUUGCUUGGCAAAAAAUGAUACAAGCUGAACCAAAUUCAUUUGUAAAAAGUUAUUCAGAGGGAAUAGAAAGAGUUGAAAAAAGUAAAGGAUUGUAUGCCUUACUUAUGGAAACACCUAGUUUAGAAUAUACUUUGGGAAAAAAUUGUAAUUUGAGACAAUUUGGUGAAAUACUUGGCGAGAAGCAUUUCGCAUUUGCAAUACCGAAAGGGUCUUACUAUCGUUCAAGCUUGAAUAGAGCAAUAUUAAAAUUAAAGGAAGAGGGAGUUUUAAUGAAACUAAAACAAAAAUGGUGGAGUAAUCAAGACAUUUGUCCAAGAACUGUACAUAAAUCUUUUAUGGAACUAAAACUAAAUGAUCUUAGUAGUGCAUUUUUUGUACUUUGGAUUGGUAUGCUCUGUGCAUACGUUAUAGGUAUAUGUGAAUUUUUAUAUGGUGUCAAACGGAGUGCUUCAAAAAGAAAGCAGCUUACAUUUUGUGAAGUUUUUAAGCAAGAAUUAAGUUUUUUCGUAAAAAUUUGGAUAAAAAAGAAGACGAUUACCGAGAAUGAAAAUAAUAUAACAGAAGCUCCAAAUCAAUGUGAUGCAGAGGCUCAUUUCAUUACUGAAGAAUUAUGAAA